AUGGUUAUCAGACUCUGUGUCAUUCGUCCGUUAUCAGUAUUGAUUCCUCCGCUUACGCUUUCUACCAAUCAGCCGUUCUUUCUUUCUUUCUUUCUUUCUCCACGCAAAGUCACUAUCGACUUCCCAAGCCGCUAUUCGUCUCUCAUUGUUCACGGCAGCAGCUACAACAGUAGACUCUUUGCCCACCCUGACGUUUGUCGCAUCGAUCGUUUGCCCGCUAGUAAGAUUGCUGCCAUGCUUUCUUUGCCAAAAAUACUCGCCUGUAAUGGCGACACUUACUGUUUUAGUUCUCUUCUGAAAGACGCUAGCAACAAUGACGACAACGAUUCUUUCCUUAAUAUCUGUCUUUUCCUCCCUACUAAAGCUUUUCCUAUUUUCACUUCAGUUUCUUCUUCUUUCUCUCCAAUAUAUAUUUCUUUUAGCUCAUUUGCACCUGAGUUCUCUUCAUUGCCUCCUAACCAAACAUUUCCACUUCGUUCCAUUCGCUCCUUUUUAUAUUUGUCUUUUUCUUCUAUUCUUUCUUUUCUUUCGCCAAUAAUUUUUCCCGUUUCUCUUUAUUACCUUCUUAUUUUGUCGUCAAUGCACGCUCAGCAUUACAUUCAGCAACUACGGAAAUAA